AAAGUGCUCCACAAAUGAUAUCACGAAAAAAAAAAAUAAGCGGAUGAAACAUAAAAUAUCCACUGCAAAAUGGCUGCCAGCGAAAUUUUUAUUUAUGAUACAAGUGCGUGAAGUAGGAAAUUCGCAACGAGUGGCGAUAAAUUAAAACACGGCCGAAGGGAGUGUUUUAAAUCGACACGAGUUGCGUAUCACCUAUUCGCAACGUUUUACAGUACAUAUGGUCCUUUAAACUUUCGACAUAGGCACGGAAAGUGCUCAUUGCCGCACUAGGACGGAAAAGUAUAGCGCCCCACUGUAAAUAUAAUUUCCUAUUUAAUAUGCAUAAAACAGUGAGUGGAUUUAACUAUUGUCUGACAUCAGUGAAAUAUGUUUAUUAGAAAUAAAUAAGACAAGAAUCAUUCGUGUUUAGUGAAAUUACUGCCCUAACAGUCUAGUAGUGUCUUAUCUAAGAUAAUUUAUUUAUUUAAUCUUUAUUGCACAUAAGGAAACACACUGUACAAUAGGCGAAUUUAAUGCCGUAAGGCAUUCUCUACCAGUCAACCUUUAGGCAAAUCAGAUAAGUUGUAGGCGGUGCAAAACAUGAGGUAUAGAUGAUACAAUUAGGUACAUGUACGAACACAAUACAGUCAUAAGAAAUACACAAACAUAAACAUACAUAUAUAUAAAUAAUAUUGAUACAAAUACAUAUACAUACAUAUAUAUAAAAUCAGAUGAACUUAAAAAACAGAAACACUAAGAUUUUCCAGUACGGCCAACAAAGUGCUCACUUAAGGAUUCUUUAAAAGCAAACCUGUUCGGACACUGUCUAAUUUUGACAGGGAGACUAUUCCAAAGAGCGAGCUGCCUGAACGGAGAAGGAAUCCCUGAACGAAGUAUCCUGGAAAAAUCUAGGGAUAUAUGUACCUACACACCGACGUACCUACACUUGUACAGAUAUGGCCGUCACACUGGUACGAGUCAUAUUUGACAAACCAAUAUAAACCCACGUACACGUCCGUCCGUACGUCCAAAAUCAAAAGCACUACCAAAAUCGGAAUGAUGAAAAUGACGUCUUUUUUGCAUUUGUAAUCUGUCUCUGUCACUCUCAAAUAAAAUGUUCAUUUACAUACGUGAUAGCUUAAUUUUUCACACUUCAACUAGCCAUGUAUAUUUAAGUGUAAGCGUUAUUAUACGGCACGUAUAUCCCUAGCCAAAGCCCUCGUAAAAAAGUGCUCAAAGUCGCAACAAAAGUUAUCCGCUAUUAUUGAUCUUUAUUUUCGCUGGCAUCUUCGAUGAUUCAGUUCGACAUUCCGGAUAAAUCUACUUGUGUAAAUAUUAUUAUAAGUGAUUUCUUGAAAAUCGCACUUCGAUAGCAAUGAAACGGGUGUAAAAUGCGUCGUAAAGCCGUUCGAUUCGGCUUUCGCAACAUUUGUAUACGGGUAGUAGCUAUUUUUGUGUUGCGAGCGGAAUGGCGAGUGUCAUGAUAUGUUUGUGGAGCUUACUGGUUUUGGCGAUAUCAACAGCAUGCAGCGAGGACAUAACUCCGACAGGGAACGAAGUGAAUCAAGAGGUGGACAAAGUGAUUGAGGAUGAGAUCACCAGCAAACUCAGUAAAGACUUGGCGCAGAGCAUCGAGAAGAAAUUCCUCGUGGACCUGGAAAAAUCAGUGAACAUGGUGCUAGUGAAGAUCCAGAUGCUUCUGCAAAACGGCACCACCCACAUCCUGGAGCGGCUGUCCGACCUUCAGGGGCAGUUAGAAGAGAUCAGAAAGUCUACAGGAACAGAGCUGGAUACAUGCCUCAAAGAACGUGAGAACGAGACCGCCCAGCUCGCCGAGAAGGCGAUGCAUCAGAUGGUGGUGUGCGGGUACGCCCUGAUAGGGCACAAUCCUACACAAGCCGUCGGUGCGGUUAUUACUAUGAAGAAUAUGAUCAAGACUCGUUUGCAGCCCGUCCGCGCGCAGAAGAAGGAGCUUGACGAAUUGUUGAAGGCUUGCGGCCAUGAACACGACUCUCUGAAGAAGGUCAUUAAAUGUGUCAUCGCUAAGUCGCCCAUGGUAAAGUCCACCAUGAUGGAUGUGACUAGUCAACUUAUGCAGGGCGUAGUCGAACUGACCAAGGUACUCGCACACGGCGCCAUGCAUGAAGCUUGCCUCAUUGAAGUAAUCAAGACAGUCGAAGACGAAGCCUUUGGUCUCGUCAGCAAAGUCCGAAACUGUGCAUUUGGAAACUUUACAGAAGAAGUCAACAAAUUCAUAGAAGAAAACAACGCAACAGUAUUAGAUAUACCUACAAAGAAGAGUCGUAAAAUUAAAAUAGAUCCUAAUAAGAAAGAAGUUGUAGAAAUGAAGCAAUUAAUCAGGAGAAUGCUCAGUGAGGCUAAUGUUAAUGACUUAGACAAACGUUUUAAGAAGAAGUUGAAAAAACUGCAAGCGGAUUUGGCAUCUGGUGAAACCGAAACCAAUGCAACAUUCAAUGUAAAUGUCACUUUAAAUGAUUCUAAAGAUUUGAACAGCACGUCAUUUGUUUCAACUGUAAUUUCAAAUGAUAUCUAAAGCAUUAUAUAAGAUGUUUUUAUUUGAAUAUCAGCUUGUAGAACACGUUUUAUUUCUUAACAUAUUAGAGAAUCUAAAAAUA